CAUCAAUUUUUGCCUAUAAGAAUUUGUACAAUUCACAUGGAUAUAUGAGCAGCCACAAAGUUUGGAUCCUUUGCUUUCUUUCCCGAGUGUAAGCUUUUGUGUAUUGUGUUUCUCGCAAACUUUCCGCAGUACAGUGAAGCGCAUCACCAGCUUUUAUCAUAACAAGUCAUAGAUCAAAUACUCUGCGUCUCUGUGAGAUAUUGAUGACAAAAGAACAAAAAGCUAUGGCUGGUGGGAAAAUCUGUGGCAGUUCGAACGUACCCCCUUUACUUAGAAAUGAGAAGCUUCCUGGUUCUCCUCAAGUUCUCGACUCUUUCUGGAUGCCCAAACGUUCCUCUCCCCUUCACGGUCCAGAGUCUGUUGUUAAUUUCGAUGACGUUGCCGGAGGAGACACAACGGUGUCGCCGUUCUUUCAAUCACGUGUCAAAGAAGAAAAUUGUUAUGCGGAUUUUGAUGCGUGUUUCAAUCAACCAGCUGGGAAGAAAAGGCGGUUAACAGCCUCUCAAGUUCAGUUUCUUGAGAAGAAUUUCGAGGCGGAGAACAAACUUGAACCAGAGAGAAAGGCUCAACUAGCAAAGGAACUUGGCUUGCAGCCUCGUCAAGUUGCAAUUUGGUUUCAAAACAGGCGGGCUCGCUUCAAAAACCAAAGGCUCGAAAAGGACUAUGACUCUUUAAAAGCUGUACAUGAUAAGCUCCAGGAUGACUAUGAUAAUCUCAUCAAGGAGAAGCAAGCUUUGGAAAAUGAGGUUCUUCUACUUAGAGAAAAGUUGAACGGCAGAGAGAAUGAGAAGGAAAAUUUGGAAACAAUUGAUGCCAUCAAGCAAGUUACAACUGAAACUGUGUCCAUUGUGCCAAUAGUGGCUUGCAAACAGGAAGAUGCAUUUUCCGCCAAGAGUGAUAUAUUUGACUCUGAUAGCCCGCAUUACACAGAUGGGAAUCAUUCUUCAAUGGUGGAGCCUGGUGAUUCUUCCCAAAUUUUUGAACCAGACCAGUCUGAUUUCUCACAAGAUGAGGAAGAUAAUAAUCUUGGCAGGAACCCGUUACCCCCACCAUGCUUCCUCAAACUUGAAGAUUGCUAUUAUGAUGACCCACCAACAACUUCAUGCAAUUUUGGAUUCUCUGUGGAAGAUCAACCCAUUUGGUCCUGGUCUUACUAAGUUAUCUGUGCUCUUUUUGGUCUCCUGGCUGAUCAUUACAAAAUUUUCAUGUGGCGCAUGUGUUUCUAUACAUCAAGUAAUACAAAAUCUCACAGUUGUCACCUGUAAUUAAGAUUAUAUCUAGCAAUAGCGAUAAUGCUAUUACUCAGAACUGUACUGAGCAGUUGCAAGGCCUUAAGCUAGAAAUAGCAAUAAUGCUUAUUUGUUGGUGGGGUU